AUGGAUGAAGAAACGGUGUCCAUUAGUAAACUGUCUACAAAAGAGCUCUCACUCCCCGUCUACUUGGAUGUUGUCAAAGGCUAUCACCACAAAUCCAAAGAGUGGCGAUCUUUAGAGACAGCGAGCACCAUUUGCCUUCACUAUUUCAAAGACGAGACGGUCCUCACUGCAAGCGUAGAAAGCGGAAACCAGCAGCUGACAAUCCCACUGUACUGUGAUGAACUCUUCGAGCCCCUGCCAUCCAUACCCGAGUUGGAUGACGCAGAAUUUGAAACAGCGGAGCACCUACUGGCAGCUCAAACGAUGCCUUCAAUAGUUAGAGUAACACAGAGCUGGAGCGGAGGCGAGGACGAGAAUACAAUCGAAGAAAACGACGAGCUAGAAGACAUUGAGAUGAUCGAUGAUGAUAAUCUAGGAUCCUGUUUAGUUGCGAAUAGAGUCAUUGCAGUGGAAGACAGUGUUAUGAAGGAGCGCGUCUGCAUUGCGUUCAGCGCAGUGGGCAAAUUUACGACCAAGGCUAACCCUCUCAAGCGUUACACAGCCGUUGACUUGAUACAAUUGCAGUCCUUACCGCGACGUAUGCGCGUCCACAGGAACAAUACAGCUGAGGUCGGUCCGGUACCAGUUAAGAUCAACUCAUUGCAGGUCAGGACUCAGCGGACGGCAGUGUGUAGCGACUUGCACAGUGGCCGUCUCUUUCUUCUGCCUGAAAGUCUCCAGGAAAUCCAACUUCAUGUGCGACGCUCGGCAUAUAGAUCAACUGGUCACGACUUGUCACAGCAUCUGUAUGGGUGGAUGGAGAGUGGAUGUCUGCAACAAGUUGGACCAGAACCCUUCCACCACGUGUUUAACAAGCCUGAGGCAUCUUCGAAUUCUUCGUCUAAGAAGCAACAGACAGGCGGCCUGGCGAUACUGAUGCCCACUGCUACGUCCUGUACAGUCUCUGAUACUAGAGAUCUGCGGAAGUAUAAGACGGUUGAAAUUGCUGGGACAAAGAGUGGGACAGAGUCUCUUCUCACCACUGUAGAACUCGUUAGCUCUACAGCAGAGGAAAAUAUCUUAGCAAGACAUUCUAAAUUGCGCCGGGAAACUAACCAGAUUCAAACUCUGAUCAAUGCAGAAAAAGAGAACUGUUAUACUGACACUGACGGUAAUGAUUAUGAAACUGUGAUCAAUGCACAAAAAGAGGACUGUUAUACUGACACUGACGGUAAUGAUUAUGAAACUGUGAUCAAUGCACAAAAAGAGGACUGUUAUACUGACGGAGACAGUAAUGAUUAUGCAACUGUCCUAGUGGUCUCAAAAAACCAUCAAGUGUCCAAGGGGAACCUGGAGCAGUCUAAAGACUCAGCAGCUGUGACACCACGCUACAUGCCACUGAACCAACUCACAAUUGAAAUAGACUCUCCGUAUGCUAAACCAAACCAUCUGCAUACAGAUCAAUUCAAACGAUGCGUGCUAUCAUCACAACCUCUGCUCCAGAACCCUACAUCACAGCUACAGCAAAAAGAAAUACCAGAAUUGGAAAGAAAAGUUGCCUCCAUGAAAAAAGAGAAUGAAAUGCUUUUGCAUCAGAUCAGCCAAACUGUGGAUAAAGUUGAUCUAGUGACAAACCAAAUACGAACUCUGGAUUUACAUAAAAAACCAGUUAAUGAAAUGGCCCCUAAAGCUUUCAGUCAACAGCUACGGUCACUAACCAACAUCCAAGUAAUCCAGUUAUUGAGAAACCUGCGACUAGGCCAAUAUACAGACAAGGUUCUCGACGCAGCAGUUGACGGACGUCAAUUGGAAGCAUGUGACCGAACAUAUCUAGAAGCUGUGGGUAUGGAACCAGCACAUGCAAUGAAAUUGCUGACAAUAGUCAAAGGAAGAUUGCCGCCAGGAAUGCAAUGGGAAAAUUUGCUACAGCAGAAAUAGAUCAAAUGCUUACAGCUGUAAUAGAUAGUUUUCCACAGAAGGAUACAUUCAUAAUACAAGCUCAGGGUUUAGUCCAGCAACACGAAACAAUUUUUGUCUCCUCGGUAUGAUUGUAAGAAACUCUAAUUUGUGCAAAAGCUGAGACUUUGAACCACUGGUUUGCUAGAGUUGUGUACGAGUUACUGAACUAUUACAACAAAUAACAACAAAACAAGAACAAGUGAGAAAGCUCACAACAUACCAAUUUUCAUGUCGGUCUAACCGACAGACACAGAGUGUCCAUAAACCCUAUAUCCACCUACAAUUUGUAUAUAUUCCACACAAC